UAUAAAACGGGGUGAAGGAUGUUUAGAUAAACAUACUGCCCAAUUUUAAUUUACCACGGCCAAAAUAUUGUGAAAAAGUUCCGUAACUUUAUGCGCGAUGAUGGGUAAGAAGAGAAAAAGGAUUAUUGGUAAUAUCAUCUGGUCCAAAAAAGGCUAUCCAAAAGAUUCAGAAGAGGGUGAAAAAGAUAAACAGUCUGGGCUGGGACAAGCAAGCAUAUAUCAUGCAUUGGUUAUCAUUUUCUUGGAAUUUUUUGCCUGGGGCCUGCUAACAUCUCCAAUAAUAAGUGUUUUAAAUGACACUUUUCCUAAGCACACCUUUCUGUUUAAUGGUCUUAUUCAAGGUGUCAAGGGUCUUUUAUCCUUCCUAAGUGCACCACUGAUUGGGGCCCUCUCUGAUGUAUGGGGACGCAAGCCAUUUUUGCUCCUCACUGUGGGCUUCACCUGUGCUCCAAUACCUCUGAUGAGGUUAAGUCCAUGGUGGUAUUUUGCUAUGCUUUCAAUAUCAGGAGUGUUUUCUGUAACGUUUAGUGUUGUUUUUGCUUAUGUGGCUGAUGUCACAACAGAGGAUGAACGUAGCUCAGCCUAUGGCUUGGUUUCAGCAACAUUUGCAGCUAGUCUUGUUACCAGUCCAGCAAUUGGAGCAUUUCUACAAGAUAUGUACAGUGAAAAUUUGGUCAUCUGGCUAGCCUCAUCCAUAGCAAUCUUAGAUGUACUUUUCAUCUUAGUGCUUGUUCCAGAGUCCCUGCCAGAAAAACUGCGCCCAGCCAGCUGGGGCUCUCAGAUCUCCUGGGAGAAGGCAGAUCCCUUUGGUGCACUGAAGAAAGUUGGUCAAGAUUUGUUAAUCCUUCUGUUGUGUGUAACAGUAUUCCUCUCCUACUUGCCAGAAGCAGGAGAAUAUUCCUCUAUAUUUGUAUAUCUAAGACUGAUUAUGGACUUUUCAAAAGAAGAAGUGGCUUCAUAUAUUGCAGUGGUUGGAGUAUUAUCUGUGUUAGCACAAACUUUGAUUUUAGCUUUGCUUAUGAAAUACAUUGGUCAUAAGCAGACAAUUAUGUUCGGCUUAGUGUUUGAAAUCAUACAGUUGACAUGCUAUGGCUUUGCUUCACAACAUUGGAUUAUUUGGCUUGCAGGGACAAUGGCUGCCAUGUCUAGUAUAGCUUAUCCCUCCAUAAGUUCAUUUGUGUCAGCUCAUGCCAGUCCUGAUCAACAAGGUGUUGCUCAAGGUGUUGUAACAGGUAUCAGAGGUCUGUGCAAUGGGUUGGGGCCUGCACUUUUUGGUUUUAUUUUCUAUUUGUUCCACGUUGACUUGAAUGAGAAAAGUGCAAUGCUGGAUGCAGCUGACAAAAGUGAUAAUCUGUCACAUCGCACAAUGAACAGUGCCAUUCAGAGUGUGGUUCCAGGACCACCAUUUGCAUUUGGGGCUGUACUUGUCAUCAUGGCUCUGCUGGUGGCUGCCUUUAUGCCUGAGAAUCCUCAUUCUGCUGCAGCCAAGAAACAGAAACUUGCUGCUGCUGCUGCUUUUGAGAUGCAAGAAGAUGGAACAGGUGGUAAAAAACAUGAAAUAGAGCCCUUGAUUACUGAUACAGAUGUAGAGUUAUAGCGAAAAGUACGGCGAAUGCAUCGAUGUACCCGGUUUGGUUUGUGUUGCUGGACCAGACACUUAUUUAUAUAUUUAUACACAUUUUGUUUUGUCAUUGAAAAUGAUUAUAUUGAAGUAGGGGAUUCAGAACUAGAGUCCCAGGUUUAAUUUUCCCUUUAGCCAUGUUCAGCCCUGACUCUAAUCAAGGCAUUUUUUUCUUUAGUGGUUUUGAAGUUGAUCAUAGUAAGGUACAUGAGUUGUUACUUUGAUUUGAUAACUCUAACCUGUGAUGGUUGAACUAGAAUCACCAAAGAUGCUUUGUCUAUUUGUUAUAAUUCCUUUCGUUGACACAUCGUAACAGACGGCUUCCGUAUUUUCUUUCAUGUAGAUUUUUAUUUAAUAUUUUGCUAAGAACCAGUUUGUAUAGAUGGGGGUGGGGCUUAUAAUUUGAUGUGAACUUUUAGAGCUUUUUGUUUUGCUUUCAUCAAGCAAAAAAAGUUAUUUAUGUUUAGCUUUCAUAUAAAAGUUUACAGAAUAUGAGAGAACUGAAAAAGAAUUGUAAAAUUAUAGUUGGUGUCAUAUUUUCAACAUGCCCUACCUUGCCUAGUGAUGUAGUGUUUACUGCAGUCAAGCCUAGGUUUCAAUGCACACACACCGGAAGAUGUUGAAUUACUGGUGCUUAUGAUAAAUCUACUGUCUUCAAAGUGUUUAAAUUUCUAUUUCUUUACUGUUUUCCAAACGGCUUGUUUUUCCCUGUCUUUUAGUAAAGUGUUCAUACACAAUUGACUUGCCUCAAGUAUGUUCCAGAAGAUAAUCAAAAACUAUGGAAGAACCAGUUAUUGUGCAUAGGGGGGUGAAAAGUUGUGUGUAUUAGUCAAUGUUUUAAUCUAAUAAUGUCAAUCACUUCUAUUGAAGUGAUCAUUGUAACAUGUCCAUUUCUUUGGACCAUAUAAAUGACUUUGUAUACCAACACUACCAAAAUAAACUUGUCAUUACAAAUUUUAACCUAUUUAAUCCUGUAUUCUAAUUUUGCAGUUUUGGCUUUUUGUUUAAGUUCAGAGAUUUUAUUUAGCUCUGACAUAUUCUAAAUAUAGAAAACUUGAUUUUGUUUUAGCCUGUUAGAGAAAUAUUGGAACUGGUUAAAAAAACACAAUUUAUUAAAAUUGAACAUCUGGAAUAAAUGGAGUUACCUUACAUAAAUGAAAAUCAAGAUCCAUUACUCUAACACAAACAACAUUUGCUUGUGUUUUCUAAGGUAAUUUCCUUAUGUACCCAUGUAAAAAAAAAAUGUGUGUGUGCUUAUAAAAUCCACUUGAUUAAAAUCACUGUUAGCUUUGAGAGUAGCCUACAUUUAAAACAAUACAUUUAAUAAUUAUGCUUUACCUUAUCAUUAAUUUAUUAAAAAGAUUUUUAACAGAACUUUUUUUUUAAAUUAAUUUUAGCUUCUUAGGCAAAUGUAAAAUUUUGUUUUCUCAUAUCUUUGGUGUACAAAUUUGAUCCAGUUUUGAUACUUUGGUGUACCUAAUAUGUUAGCUUGUUCCUCUAAAACACAAAUGUAUAAUGCUUUAUUUCUAAUAGUGAAGAUUCACUGAAAAUUCCACCUACUAUAUUACAUGUAAAUUUGUGUGUAGAUACAUACAGGUAUACAAACAUGUAUAUUAGUAAGAAACACUGCUUAUUUGUCACUGGACUCUUGAAAAUUUUUUGGCUUCUAUCCUUUGUGACAAUUACAAAAUUAAAUCAAAAGUUGAAUAUCUUCAGCAAUUCUCUUUAGUCAAGCAUUUCUACAAUUUUGGCCAGAAGUCCGAUCUCUCAUCCACUCUGUGAUGAAAUGAGUGUUGCAGCCUCUAGUUUUUUUAAUUACAAAAAACACUGGUUGUACAACGUAAUCAAUAGAGUUUAAUUGUCUUUUCUAGUGAGGAAACAAGGAUUGGAUUUAAAAUAAACGUAGUGUUGCUUACCUUGUUAUACCAUCUCAUGCUGUCCUGUUGAAGCAUAAUUAAUUCAUACAGAGCCUUCUAAAGUGAAUCAUUGAAUUUGGAAAUCUUUGUAAUUGUUUCAACAAUUUGGUGUAAAACAUCACAGAACCCACAUUUCUGAUGGUUUUUGUCUGGAAACUGUUAGUGUGUGAAAGACGCUAUAUAAAAGUGAUGAUUUUUAAACAGGUUGUUUGAUAGUCUUGUCUUAUACGAAACAGUGGUGAUGACCUUGACUCCACAUCUUCCAGGCGUCCUAGUUAAAAAAUAAUUAUCCCUGUGACUGUUAACAUCCUACCUAUUUAGGUGUAUCAGUUGGGAUGGUAUUGUAGUUUGUUUAAAAAAUGGCCUUGUAGGGGCCAGGAAAACCAUUGAGAUCACAUGUAGUCAAACAUCUUCUCUGCUGUUAAAAUCCUAUACGGGUGCUUGUGCAUUGGCUUGUCAUAAAAAAAUACCUGUUUAGCUAUUCCAUAUUGUUCAGUGUUUGAUGGUAUUUUUGAAGUUGAUGUAUAAAUAUUUCAUCGGACCCCUUGACAGCCUCUAAUGUCAGUAUUUCUUGCUAUUAAUGUUUACAUUAAAAUGUUUGACUCAAGCUUGAAAAAAAGAUUUGCUUUUUUUUUUUUACAUUUUUUUUGGUCAUUUUUUUAAGGAAUUUUUUUUUAUUUUUGUGUUAUUCAGUUUAUUAUUAUUCUAUUUACUAAAUAUUUUGGAUUGGCUAUUGCUCAUAUCAACAAUCCAGUCAUUAAUUUCCUGUUAUUCCUUCAUCCUGUUCAACAAAUUGAAUUUGCUGCAGUUAUUUUUAACAAUUAUAGACUUUGUUUUCAACAUGAUGUCUGCUUUCAGAAAUUUCUUAAAAGAGUAUGAGAGUUCCAUGUACACAUGGUUAAACCAUAAUUUUAAAAACAUAGUAUUUAAAGUUUCAUAUUUCAGGAUUUUACUAGUCUGGGGAAGGGGGACUCAAACUGUAUUAACAUGUAAUAAAUAAACUCUAUAAAUCUAAAAAAAAAAAUGGCUCUCCCAGUUUUUUUUUAAUUUGUGUUUUCACACCAUUUAAUUCCUGUAUUUAGCCUAAAAUAAUUAUUAAACAGGUUUUAAUACUCAGUAAUGUAAUUGUUAAAUUGUUUAGUAAAUAAAUGACAUGAUAUUGAUAGUGCAGAAUGGAUUUAAAUAUUGUUCAAAAUAGUUCAAAAUCCUUGCAUGAUUUCGAUAAGGAGACGUUAUAACUUUUUUUUAAAUUUCAAAUCCAUGCUUAAAAACAGCUGCUAAAGCCUGUUGUUGGAUUUCAUAAUUGGCCUGUGGGUAGUAAUUAACAAGGUAAAGCCAUACAUAAAACUGAAGUUGUUUCCUAGUGAUCGGAUUAAAGAUAGAAAGAUUUGAAAUAUCCAUUUUGAUCUCAUCAGCUUAUACACAACUUUGAUGUGCCACUACUUUCUCUCCCUUUAUUUUGUAUCUUAGGAUAUUUGUAAAUUAAUAUUGCAUAUACAUUCAUGUCUUUCUAAUCUUUUGCUGUUAAUAGUGGUGAGGGGAUUUAUCAACAAGUUUUUUUAACUUGUCUUUCUUUAAAAUAAGUAAUAAAUGUUAUAUAAAUUUCAUGAUAUUUUCAAUUUAAAAUAAUACAUUGAUAGGAAUGAUUUUAAAAACAGAACAGAACUGCCCUCAAUUGUGUUGUGGUUAUUAGGAAUACUUCUUUAAAAAAUAUGUUUUUAAUUUUCACAUUGGUAUUUCUUAAGCUUUCAAAUAAACAAUGAAUAUAAGUUAAAAUAACCUUUGAUAGAUUUUCAAAUUUGUAUCAAAACAUUAUGCUAGCUCCCCUUCAAAUUUAUGUAGCAAUUACAAAAAAAAAAUAGACCAAAAGGAUAAAUGCAUGUGCUUAUUGGUAAACUAAUUUUAAAAUGUUUACAGAAGCCAAAAAUUGAUUUUUCAAUGUAUCAGGUGUAAUUGAGCUUAUAUUUUUGCUCAUCUAAUUCCUGGAAAAACUAAUCAUGUUUUGUCUUGUUCCAUCUUUUUUAUUGAGAUGUACAAUUUUGAUUUUGUGUGUGCGUGAGUGAGAAGUAACGUUAUUUAAUGACAUGAUGUAGAGGAGAGAGAGAAAAAAUCAUUACAUUAGACUAUUAUCUUAGUAAAUGUGACAAUACUGUGAUUUCUGCAGGCAUAGUAACCAAUACCAGUUUUGAUAUCUAUGAUUUAAACAGCUCAUUAACUUGACCACAAAGUUAGGAUAGAAUACCACACACAACUGCAUUGUUUAACUCAACGGUUAUUUAUUACAAUGAAAGCUGCAAAGAUGUUAUUAAAUGUUCUGCUGUCUUUUUUUUUUCCUUUUAAAAAGUGUUUUUUGGAUUUGGUGUGAUACGGUUGGUUUGACUAAGAUUCCUCUCACUGUUGUAUAUAUUAUAAUAUGUGUAAGUACAGUUUGCUACAGGGGUUUAGCCCCACAGUUUGUUGAAUUAUCAUAUGGCAAUCUGUUUUCUUUUUGCUUUGACUUUUUUUAAACAUCUAGGAUUUUUUUUCAUUCUUGUAAAAUCAUAUUAAUUAAUCUUUUUUCUUUCUUUUUUUAUUUAAUUUCACACAAAAAAUUUUUUUUGGAAAAUUGUAUAUAAAGUUGCUUUACAGUUUUUACCUAAUAAGAAAAACUAAACACAAGUAUAAAAGAAUUUUAUUAGCAUAUGAUAUUUUCUCUAUCAAUCAUAGUUGCAUAGGCCCUACAGAUUGCUUACCAUUUGAAGUAUUACAAUUUAGUUUUUCCACUAUAGCUUGAAAACAUUUCAUUGUACUAAAUGAUAAUCAUUGAAAUAAACUUUUGAUUUUAUCGGUUUAAAAACAGGUGGGGGGAAGGACCUAAUUAAACACUAAUUAUUUUUGCAAUUUUUAAAAAUUAUUAAAAUUACUUUAUUAUUAAUAUUUAUUUUUUAAAUAUUAAAUGUAAUUUUAAUAAAUUGCUGGACUAUAUAAUAUAGGUUUAACUAAAUUAUACAUCAAAUUUAUUGUCAGCAUAUACUUUAAUGUUAUUUGUAAACUGACCCACUUCAUGGAUGUUUCAGAGAAUUUAAUGAAUGUUAUUCUUUUAUGAUUUACAUGAUUAAAAAGGUCAUUAGCAAUC